AAGUUAGAGUUUAAAAUGAAAAAGUUGACAACAUUUCUGGUUAGAAUUUUAUUGUCAAUUUAGCUUAACAAUUGCGUGAAACAUGUGGCCCAAAAACUUGCAUAGUCUGAUGCUUUUGUUGCCAUUGCUAGUCAAUUGUCGAGUGCCUGGUAACAAUAAGAGGCAGGCGGAGACAAAUGAGGAUGAGCGCACUGCCAGCUAUUGGUUGGAGCAGGCGCAGCGGCAGCUGGCGGAUCGUUUGGAGCGCACACGUGUGACGGGCGGUGGUGGGGACAAGCGUGUGGCCAAAAACAUAAUAAUGCUAAUGGGCGAUGGUCUGUCCAUUACAACAUUGACCGCUGCACGCAUCCUGAAGGGUCAGCAUGCUGGUCAGAGCGGAGAGGAGUGCCAACUGGCGGUGGAACAAUUCCCCUAUUCGGGUCUAAGCAAAACCUAUUGCACGGACAGCCAAACGGCGGAUUCAGCCUGUGCAGCAACCGCCUGCUUGACGGGUGUGAAGACCAACUACGGUAGCAUCGGACAGAGUGCUCAAGGAGCACACGUCGAGUCGAUCCUUCAGUGGGCUCAACGCGCUGGCAAGGCAACGGGCAUUGUGACCACAACGCGGCUAACAGAUGCGAGUCCAGCGGCCACAUAUGCGCAUGUGAAAAAACGUACACAGGAAUUGGAUAUUGGACGCCAGUUGAUUGAGGAUAUGCCAGGACGUAAUCUGAAUGUAAUCCUUGGCGGCGGACUUGGCAAGUUUGCUAGCGAACGAACGGACGGACGUGAUCUGCUCCAGCAAUGGCAUGAUACAAAUCCCAAUGGUUGUUUUGCCCGUACGCUGACCGAGCUGCACAAUUGCAGCAACGAUCACAAUGGCAACUUACUGGGCGUGUUCAGUGACAGUCACAUGGCCUAUCAUCUGGCAGCGUCUCCGGAUCAACCGCGUCUUAGCGACAUGACAGCGGCAGCCAUUGAACGACUGUCGGCAAAUUCGAAUGGUUAUUUUAUGUUCAUCGAGGGCGGUCGCAUUGAUCAUGGCCAUCAUGAGACACGGGCAGGAUAUGCACUGGACGAGAUGCUGGAGUUCGAUGCGGCCAUCGAGACGGCUGUCCGUCUUACCGAUGCACAUGAGACACUCAUAGUCGUCACGGCGGAUCAUUCGCAUACGCUGAGCAUGGCGGGUUAUGCCAAUCGUGGCACAUCCAUACUGGGCAUGGACACGAGUCAACGUGACUUGGAUGGUGUUCCGUACAGUACGCUUAACUACGCCAUUGGCAAGUGGCAGAGUCUCAAUAAGGAUGGCAAACGCGAGAAUCCUGCACCUCAUCUAAGCAGAACCUCUUUUACGCCUAGCUAUAUACAUGCCAAGGGCGUGCACUCUGGCGAGGAUGUGGCCAUCUUUGCCCAGGGUCCCCAGUCGCAUCUCUUUAGCGGUGUCAUGGAGCAGAAUUUGUUGCCGCAUCUGAUGGCUUACGCAGGCUGUAUUGGCCAGGGUGAUACUCACUGCAAACAGCUUAAAUAGGAGCACCCUGAACGCUCACCCUUCACACAUAUCUACAGCUUUAAAUAUGUUUAGCAGUUGCAAUGUAAAUUUUGUUAUGUGUUAGUUUAAAUAAAACGUUUAUAAUAGUGA